AUGCGUGACGAGGAUACGGAUUAUCCGAGCCUUGUGGUAUAUAAGUCGUGCAUCUCACGAAAGCCCUGCCAAUCUGAAGGAGUGAUUCCUUCACCACAUCAUACUCAGCAUCUCACGAAAAGUCCUGACAAUCUGAAGGAUUGGUUCGCAAUCGCACAUAAAAGGAUCAAGACAUCCCCCAUCCCCCAUCUGAGGCUGGCUACAUCAUUUUUCGCAACAAUGUCUUCACCAUCCUACUCUUCUGGCUCCAGCACAUCCUCAACAACGUCAGCCCAUCAAGCUCGCCAUCAAACCCUCCUCAGCCUAGCACAAUCCGAGUCGAAAGUGACAGAUGCGGACCUGGCAGUUCCAUCCUCAGAACCACCACAAUACCAGAGACCAGUCCAAAUGGCUCGCUCUGGAGAAAAGGCUUCAUUCGACGAGAAGGAAAUCGACGAUGAUGAUGAUGAUGAUGCUUCUUCAAUCAUUUCGAUGAAAGAGUUUAUCAAGAGAGCCGAGAAAGCCAACGUUUCGAGGCGACAAGCUGUUGCGAUGAAGUUUCGUCAUUGGUCGGCGGAAGGGAAGGCGACUUGGAAGAGGAUUGAGCCUUACUAUCGUGACUUUCAGUACUGGUUAGGCGCUUGGGAGGAGAUAUCUGGCUGUGGUUUGCGAAGUGAUGGGAACUGGAUCAGUUCUCAGGGUUGCAUUGCACUCUUCCAAUGA